GGGGCGCGAGGAAGGCUGGUUUCCUGGGGGAACCUUCUGAGGGCCAGUGGUCUUCUUUUGAUAGUUGUGUGGCCCUUCCGUCCAACUAGGCUUCUGAUUCCGCCUUGCUUGUUUAUGACGAUCCCUCGAUCCCUACUAACCAGGACGUGAGAACCCUCAGCUAAUACAGAAGAAGUCGCCUUGUUUACAUCAUGGAUAACACAAAGGAAAAGAAUAAUUACAAAGAUGAUCUUCUGCUUAGGAUGGGACUAAAUGAUAAUAAAGCAGGGAUGGAAGGACUGGAUAAAGAGAAAAUUAACAAAAUUAUAAUGGAUGCCACAAAGGGGUCCAGAUUUUAUGGAAAUGAGCUCAAGAAGGAAAAGCAAGUCAAUCAACGGAUUGCCAAUAUGAUGCAACAAAAAGCUCAAAUUACCAACCAGCAACUAAGGAAAGCACAGUUAGAGGUUGACCGAUUUGCAAUGGAAUUGGAACGGAACCGGAAUUUGAACAAUACCAUAGUUCAUGUUGACAUGGAUGCUUUCUAUGCAGCUGUGGAAAUGAGAGACAAUCCGGAACUGAAGGAUAAACCCAUUGCUGUAGGAUCAAUGAGUAUGUUGGCUACUUCAAAUUACCAUGCAAGGAGGUUUGGUGUUCGUGCAGCCUUGCCAGGGUUUAUUGCUAAGAGACUUUGCCCACAACUUAUUAUAGUGCCCCCAAACUUUGACAAAUACCAAGCUGUGAGUAAGGAGGUGAAGGAGAUUCUUGCUGAAUAUGAUCCCAACUUUAUGGCCGUGAGUCUGGAUGAAGCCUACUUGAAUAUAACGCAGCACUUAGAGGAAAGGCAAGAUUGGCCUGAGGACAAAAGAAGAUAUUUCAGCAAAACAGGAAAUUCUGUCAAAAUUGACUUGGGUGAACCAGGUGAGGAAGCUGACAAACUGAAUGAGGAUGAAGGGUCCAUCUCCCCGCUGCUGUUUGAAGACAGUCCUGAUUUGCAACCCGAAGGAAAUCCUUCCCAGCUAAACUCUGAAGAACAAAGCAAUCUUCAAAUACUCCAAAAUUCAGUUGUUUUUGGAACAUCAGCUGAGGAAGUGGUAAAGGAAAUUCGCUUCAGAAUUGAACAAAAAACAACACUGACAGCCAGCGCAGGUAUUGCCCCCAACACAAUGCUAGCAAAAGUGUGCAGUGAUAAGAAUAAGCCAAAUGGACAAUACCAAAUUCUCCCCAGCAGAAAAGCAGUGAUGGACUUCAUCAAGGAUCUGCCUAUUAGGAAGGUUUCUGGAAUAGGAAAAGUGACAGAGAAAAUGUUAAUGGCCCUGGGAAUUGUUACUUGCACGGAACUCUACCAGCAGAGAGCAUUGCUUUCUCUCCUUUUCUCCGAGACAUCCUGGCAUUAUUUCCUUCACAUCGCCCUGGGUCUAGGGUCAACAGACCUGGCAAGAGAUGGAGAAAGAAAAAGCAUGAGCGUUGAAAGGACGUUCAGUGAGAUCUUUAAAACAGAAGAACAGUACAGCUUAUGCCAAGAACUGUGCACUGAACUUGCUCGUGAUCUCCAGAAGGAAGGACUGAAGGGGAGAACUGUUACCGUUAAGCUGAAGAACGUGAAUUUUGAAGUAAAAACUCGCGCGUCUACAGUUCAGUCCACCCUUUCUACUGCAGAAGAAAUAUUUGCCGUUGCUAAGGAACUGCUAAGGACAGAAAUUAGCGCGGCUUCUCCACAUCCCCUGAGGUUAAGAUUGAUGGGUGUGCGGAUGUCGACUUUUUCCAAUGAAGAUGACAAGAAGCACCAACAAAGGAGCAUCAUUGGCUUCUUACAAGCUGGACACCAGGCUUUGCCAUCUCCUGGGUGUGUUGUAGACAAAACCGACAAAACUGACUUUGUAAAGCCUUUGGAAAUGUCUCAUAAGAAGAGUUUCUUUGAUAAAAAACGAUCAGAAAGGAUCUUGAGCCAUCAAGACGCACCCAGUUGUGAAAUUGUGGAUCAGCAAGCUGUACAGACCUCACAACCAUUCCAGGCAUUAAAGAAAACGAGCGAGAGUUUGGAAACAUCAAAGAAUUCCAAUAACUGUCAGACAUUUAUGUGUCCAGUUUGCUUUAGGGAGCAAGAAUGUAUCAGUCUGGAAGCCUUUAACGAACAUGUAGAUGCAUGUCUGGAUGAACCAUCGACCAGUGAGAACUCUGAUUCCCGUGCUUCCUCGGCAGCUAUUGGUCAGAAGGAAGAUGCACAUCAUUCUCUUCCACUGUGUGAGAAGCGGGAUUAUGACGAUGCCGAGAUCACUUCAGCGGAUGAUGUAGAUCUGGUAGAAACUGAAGACAACUCAUUGAAAGCAGCAAGUAUGGACACUUUAGGGAAUAAUCACAGCAAAGAGGAAUGUUUUGAUAUUCCAAACCAGUCUUGUCCUGUUUCAUUGGCGAAUGAAACUGUCAGAAUAUUAAGUAGGCAAGAGUCCAUCCAGCCCUGUCCAGAUGAGGUGGUAACAGGACGAGCUCUAGUUUGUCCUGUUUGUAACCUAGAACAGAAGACUUCUGAUCUUACCCUCUUCAAUGUGCACGUGGAUAUUUGCUUAAAUAAAGGCAUUAUCCAAGAAUUGAGAAACAAUGAAGUUAAUUCAGCUAACCAACCCAAAGGGAGCUCCAGAAGAACUGACAGACUUCAGAAGGCUGCAGGAAGGACAAAAAGGCCAGGACUGAAGACAAAGAGCUCCACAUCGAGGAAAACAAAAGCCCAAAGUUCCAGACAUACCCUUGAUAUAUUUUUCAAAUGAACUUUGAACAUUUUUAUUGAAAUUUUAGUUUUAUAUUCAAUGUAUUUGUUCCUUCUCAUUUUAAAUUUAUUAUUUAGGGAAGACAAGUACAAUAAUACCUCCCCACAUGGCCUUUUUAAAGAAUGUAGACUAUAUAUUAACUUAUUUCUUUAUAUUUUCUUUAAUAACCAUAAGAAUCUCAUUCCCAGAAUAUAUUAAGUUGGAAAUCAGUCUUGUUAGAGAUAACUUUAAAACAAAAGUAAAAGGGGCAGUCAGAAGAUGAUAUGCUAUUUUAUGAUGAAUAUAAAAUACUUAUUAGGACUCUGAGUCAUGUGCUCUUGUUUCUGCACGGGCAUUUUAGAGCCUAGCCUCUGUGUCAGCACGGGCAUCUUAGUACCUAGCCACCAGGUCAGCACGGGCAUCUUAGUGCCUCGCUGCCCCGUCAGCAAGGGCAUCUUAGUGCCUAGCCACCAGGUCAGCACGGGCAUCUUAGUGCCUACAGGCAUCUUAGUGCCACUGAGUUGCCACUGGAUGCUGCUGGACUUGCCCUUGUGUCUGUAAGUGUUCUGUGAGCAUUUGUAGUUAGAUUUAACCAUGAGGUCUGUGAAGAACAUUAGUUUAACAGAGAUAGCAUGGGUAACUGCAGGAAAGCAAUGCACAGUAUUAUCUGUGUUUGAAGGACUUGUUCAAACUACUGUUAAUUGUUUUCCCUUACUUACAAUUUCUUUAACUUAUAAAUAAGCACUUGGUUCAUGUAAAGAAAUAUUUAGUUUAUAACUCAAAAUUGUUUGUUUUUUUAACUCAGUACUUUAAAUGGCAGUAUUUCGUUUCUUGGUAACUACGUUUGGCUCCCUACAAGUCGGUAGUAAACAAGAUGAGUUGUGACGUCACUUGAUUUUCUUCCUCCUCGUUAAGAGAAAUGUGCAGCUCAGAAGAUGAACGCCUGGUGAAGGUCUGCCCUUCCUCAGCUGAUGUCCGCGUGUCUCUGUUGCUAUUUGUGAAGGAAGAAAGAUUUGCAGCAGUUGAGGAGUUGUUCCGGAGCAUGGCUCCACCCACACGCUCUUAUCAAAAAGCCCUUUUUGCUACUGCUUUAAGAACUGAAUCUUGCACACGCCUUUAAUCCCAGCUCUCAGAAGGAAGAGGCAGGUGGACCUCUGAGUUCAAGGCCAGCCAGGUCUACAGAGAGAGUUCUAGGACAGCUGGAGCUACACAGAGAAACCCUGUCUCAGAAAACAAAAAAGGAGAAAGAGAACUGAAUCUUUUUUCUUAUGGUUUUGGUCUUUGAAUAUUUUAGUUCAUUUAGAGUAGACAGGGAAAUAUUUGAGGAAUAGCUAACAUCCUUAGGGCUUUGCAAAGCCUUUGCCACAGUCACAACCUGACUUUUAAUUACUGGCCUCGUUAAAGAUAGGCUGAAAGUUUGCUGAUGUGCUAGUCCCCUACCUAUACACCAUGGACAGUCCCAAAGCAAUGGUGUUUUGGUUAUUGAUUGUGAUUUACUUAUGUAAAUUAUUUAUAAAAUUAAGUUCAGUGAAACUGAUUUAAUGUAUUGAAAAGUAGAUAUUACUAUAUUUAUUGUUUUCCCCCAUCUAAAUUUAUUUUUACUGUUUUCCACAUUAAAUAAUAAAUUAUUUUCAUUUAGAUGCCCCAUUUAAUUGAAUGCCAUAAUAUAUAACAUUUAAUAAUUUAAAGUAAAAAU